GACCGCCGCGAAGAGGAGAGGAAGAGAAGAGGCUGUUGCUGUUGCUGCUGGUAAACAUGUUACGUUCGCGCGGCGGCGACAGCGAGAGGAGAUCGUACGUCGUGCGCCAACCGGGACCGCCACGGGCCGCCGUCGCUGCCAAAUAAGUCCUCGCGCGCGGCACGGAACAUGGCCUCGUCCACGAGGAGGUCCUGGAAGCUCCAGGAAUUCGUCGCCCAUACGCCGAACGUCAAUUGCUUGGCAUUGGGCCACAAGUCGGGUCGUGUCCUGGUCACAGGCGGCGACGACAAGAAGGUGAACCUAUGGGCCGUCGGAAAGCAGAAUUGUAUUAUGAGCCUGAGUGGCCAUACCACUCCCAUAGAAUGCGUACGCUUCGGCCAGACGGAGGAUCUCGUGUGCGCCGGCUCGCAGACGGGCGCGCUGAAGAUUUGGGACCUGGAGCACGCCAAGCUGGCGCGCACGCUGACGGGACACAAAUCCGGGAUACGUUGCAUGGACUUCCAUCCUUACGGGGAGCUGCUGGCGUCCGGGAGCUUGGACACGGCGAUUAAAUUGUGGGACAUCCGCAGGAAGGGCUGCAUUUUUACGUACAAGGGCCACAACAGGACUGUGAAUAGCCUAAAGUUCAGUCCGGACGGACAGUGGAUCGCCAGCGCCGGGGAGGAAGGCAUGGUCAAGCUGUGGGACCUAAAGGCCGGUAGACAACUAAGGGAAUUUUCAGAACACAGAGGACCGGCCACCACCGUCGAGUUUCAUCCGCACGAAUUCCUACUAGCCAGCGGUAGCGCCGACAGAACGGUCCACUUCUGGGACCUUGAGACGUUUAAGCUCGUAUCUUCCACGGAACUGAGUCAUUCUUCGGCCAUCCGGUGCCUAUACUUUAGUCAAGGCGGAGAAUGCCUGUUCGCCGGCAGCCACGACGUUCUAAAGGUUUACGGCUGGGAGCCGGGCAGGACCCUGGAUACGAUACCGACCAACUGGGGGAAAGUCCAGGAUAUAGCCGUAGCUCAAAAUCAAUUGAUCGGCGCAAGUCUUCAUACCGCGAAUGUCGUUCUGUACGUGUGCGAUUUGAAGAAGAUCGCGCCACUGGGAGGGAUAUCCGCCGUGAGUUCGCCGUUUAGUCAUGGAAAUUCUCUGCGAAAGAGCUUCUCCAGGGAACGACCACCGAUCGGAUUGAAGAAGCCUACAUUGGACGUACGGACGAUAGAAGAAGCGGACAAAUCCGGCACCGAUCCGGAGGACGAGGCUACCUUCGCUUCGGAUAUACCCAACGUGACCGACUACAGAAACGUUUUUCAGCCGAGCAGGGCGUUGUCUCGCACACCACCUCCCGAAUCCUCCGAGGCUUUCCAGGAGCCUCACGAUGUAGAUCCGGCGCAGCCGCAGAUAUUGCAAAAUCUCUCUACCUCAAUGUCGAAUCUAAACCUGAACGCGACGGAGCGCGAGGAGGUGCCGUCGGUGCCAUCCCCCUCUUCGCCGCCACCGCCGGCGCCCACGUUGUCCCUGACGAAGCCGGUGCCGGUGCGGGUUCAGCCGAUCAAGUCCUCGCCGCCGGUACAGAGGAGCUCGAUCACGUCGACGAGCCAGAUCAGGGCGAAUCUGCAGGCGAGCAACGGCUUGAAUCAACGGACGUCCAAGAACUUCGCAUCGAUACCGCCGUUACGGCAGAGCAUCACGCCGUUGCCAGGGAAGAGGAUGGCUUCCACCAACGAACAAGCGGUGUCGGCGCCGUCCCAUCCCUUAGGACCGCAACGCUCGAACUCGACCCUGACGCCGCGCGUCGCACCGAUGGCCGCGGUGAUCCCCGUGAUGGACGACGGCAAACUGAAGAACAGAGUACCCAGUCCGGAUUCCCCGAAGCACUACCUGAAGAGGCAGAGCAGCAGGGACGGCGAACAGGGAUACGAAAGCGACUAUCCUGUACAAAUUAAUAAUAUAAGACAUAGUCCCUCGGAUCCCGCGCUGAACAGGCCGAACACAGCGCAGUCGAGGUCGACGUCGCUCAACCGAACUUUUGCUACCUCAACCGCGCUGUCGGCGCGUAACGCCUCCACGACCACGUCAACGUCCACGAGGAAGCUACUCAAUAAGGCUCAGAUCCCACCGAAUCCCAAGGUCGACAUACGCGUCUCGCAGAUAAGGACCAACGUCGAAGACGCUGAGAAGGAGGAACUGGUGCCGAUGAGCGCCGACAAGCCUUACGGCUUGGACGUGGAGAAUUUCUUACCGCAUAGUUACACCGGUUCGACGGCUUUGGGCUAUCCCCAGAUGGGCGUGCUGGCGGAAAUGUCGGAGGCCGAGGUGAUAAACAGCAUGAUGCGCAGCCACGAUUCGAUGAUGGCGGUACUUAAGAGUCGGCAUCGCUCAUUACAGAUAAUAUAUUCCCUCUGGCACAAUAAGGAUCUCAAGGCCGCGGUGGACUCGGCAGUCGCGAUGAACGACCUGGCGGUCAUCGUGGAUCUUCUGGGUAUCCUCACAUUAAAACCAACGAUGUGGAACUUGGACCUGUGCAAUUCCUUACUGGGUCCCAUCAGCGAUCUCUUUCAGAGUAAAUACGAGAUGUAUAUAACGGUAGCUUGCUCGGCAUUGAGACUUAUCCUUCGUAAUUUUGCCCCAGUGAUAAAAUCCAAUGUGGAAGCACCCCUUCACACGAUCGGCGUCGACGUGUCGCGAGAGGAACGGUACCACAAGUGCCUAUCCUGCUACGAGAAGCUCUCGGCGAUACGAGCGAUCCUGCUGAAGAAGCAAUCGACGCCCGGUAAACUCGGCGCCUCGUUCCGCGAACUGGCGGUGCUCAUCAGGAGCCUCGAGUGACCUCGAGAGCGGCGUCGUCUGAGACCCUCGUGAAUUCGACCGCCAGUAUCGUCGUCGAUCGACGACUCAUUGGUUUCCUCCCGAUGAUCGGUUUAACAGUGGGUGGAACGAAGGUCGCGUUGUGGCUGCCAAGUGCGAAGCGAAGCCAAACUUCGUCGAGGAGUAGCAAAAAGCAUGGCGUCGAAGAAACGUCCAUGAGAACACAUUCUCGAUGAUGCCGCCACCGCACUUCUUCCAUCGUCCUCGGUCAAUCCGCUCGCCGAUCGCCUUCUCCUCGUCGUUGUCAUCCCCGCAGUCGCGCACCGAUUCUCGGAGAAAGCGGACAAAAUUGCGAAAUGUUCGUUACUCAGUCGUCGAAUGGUCGGACGAAUCGCGCGACUUGUCAACAUUGAUAGGAAAAAAAAACGAAGAGAGAAAAAGGAGACCAUCGAUGAAGGCAAGGAAAGAAAGAAAUCUGUACGAAGAAAAGUUUUUGCGGAGUUAAAUGAGAGGCGGGGGAAAGCGGUGGAAAGACAUUGUCGCCAAACAUAUCUAAUAUUAUACUGAAACAUCAGGAUUGAGAUCUUACCAGUUUUUAAAAAACGCGUAAAUCUUCAAAGGUAUAUAUUUUAGGAUUUCUCACCUUAAAUCCAAAUCGGUUAAAUUAAAUUAUUUUUAGAAAGUCUAGAAGUAUAUCCCUGUUAUUAAUAUGGUAUUUUUAAAACAAUAAAGAUACAUCACAUAUCGGAGUUUUUAAAGAAAAAAUUAAAUUAAACGGAAUGAUUCGCGAGAGAAAAGUACGAACAUUGGACUCGCCGUUUCCAUUGGAAGUAUCUCUACGUGCGUCAGUUAAAAAAAUCUUUAGUUUCAUAAACAGAGCAGUAACGGAGCAAGAAUGAACAAUGAAAAUUCGCUAAAUCCCGAUGCGUCAGUAUAUCGAUUCAAUUCGCACAGGAAUUAGCCGAGGAAUGUUCCGAGCGAGGUUCGCUUCGGUUCGUUCGCGCAGCACAAAGUGAAGUCUCACGCGUGAACGAUGUAUUGCGCCCUUCUUGCCACAGAUUUAUUGAUCGUAAUUCGGCUGGAUGUUUCGGCCUCGAAGUUUCCGCGGAGACGAUGAUUAAUAACGACUAGAGCGAAUAACGAGACGUGUAACGCGACCUUUCCUAGCGUACGAGAGAGAAAUUGUAUUUUUGCGAGAGGUAUUUGCGUCCGUUUACUAAUAAAGCAACUCUAACGAUAGGCGUAGAUACCUUGAUCCCCCAACGGAGACAAGAGUCGUAAGGUGUUAAAGUGCGAGAGGGCCUAAGCGAGAGCUUGUACGCGCCAAAAAAAAAAGGACGGAUUGAAAGAAUUGGAACGGGGAAAGCGCAUAUGUCAACGAUUCGUUUUUUAUAUUUACGUUUAAAUUAUUUUCUACGAUGCAGCGCCCGCGGAUCAUAGACUGCAUUUCGUCCCGACGUUUCUUAUUAUAUUCAAUAUUUCAAAGAACUGAAUACAGAAAUGUGUCGCUGAUUAAAGCAUCGGAUGCGGUGUCGUUAUUAUAUACGCGCUAUAAAAGAAAAGUGCAUUUUUAAAGAUUUCCGAACAUUUUCGAACAAUUUUUUAUACUCUAUUUUUGUGUCAAAUGAACCUUUUUAAUUAGCACGCGGAGGGUACGGAGGAGCGAGGAAUACACCCCGUAGAGUGUAGACAAUACGCACUUUGUAAGAUAAUUUUUUGUCUCGUUUUGCGAUCUCUUCGCGUUUUGCAAUUUCAUCGUGCCUCGUCGCGACAGAUUGAAGGGCGGUGAUCGCGCGAGAGGAAUCGAGCAAUAAUUUACGCGUUGCACUCGUCGAACGUAACGUAACGCAAAAGAGAAGAAUAGGCCAUAUUUUCGUAUUUCACGUGUGCGGCGUCGCGACGAAAAUUGGAUCAGUAUUAUUCGUAACAGUAUUUAUCGCGUAAGUAUUUUUUAUACGGGAACUCUGUCACAUUCUUGCGCAUUUUGCGCUGAGCUGACUUUUAGUAAUUCCGAGUCUUAACUGCCUAAUGAGUGUCCGCUUUGCGAAAUAUUUUUGGAAUUCAAUUUACGGCGAGGAUUCACGUCGCUCACUGCCUCUUUAAAUCUCGUCGCGACGAUAUUUUUCGUAUAUUACGAUUUUUAAUAAUCUAGAUAUUCCGGAAUUGUGUGCCGGUGGUCGUGUCGGGCGGGUCGCUAUCCGAAAAUACGGAUGAUAAAUCAGAAGAGAUCGAGGCAAGAUAAUUGUGACUGGGGGAGGCUCUUCGCAUAUACAUGUUCUUUUUUUUUUGUUAUCGUCGUCGUCAUAUUUAAUCUUUUACCGCUGAUUUUAUGUAUUAUUUAAAUCAUUAAUUAAGUCGAUCAUCAUCACACGUCUUCUGUUAAUUUAGUCGAUCGUCACGUCUUCUGUUAGUUAAGUCGAUCGUUCAGCUUUCCCUUCCAACGUAGCCGGGAGGCGAUCCUGACGUUGCUGCCAAUAGAGGAUUAUUUAUUACAUACAUAGUGCAAUACUCGAUCGUGAGCUCGUCCUCCUAGCGUAGCGGGAUCCUAUACAUUCGCGUUUUCUCGUCCUCGAGGAAGAGUAGUGCCGUGCGUUGCACAAACGUGGGGGCGAAGCGGUGCCCAAGAGAUACAGAUAUUACAACCUUUCAUCACGUUGCCUCGAAGUAUUAUGUAAUAAAGCGUACGACCCUUUCGUUAAUUUUACGUCUCACGUGUUCUUUUUUUUUUUGUUUCUAUUUUGUACAGUGCGUCGCUACCACAUAGGUCUGUUUUUUUAUAGCUGAACUGGCUACACUAGUUCAGAAUUUAUCUUUCUUCUUCCAAUGUAGAAAGAGAAAGAUAAACUGUGAACUAGUGCAGCAGUUCAGCUAUAAAAAACAGGCCACAUAUCUCCCCAACAAUAUCUGCCCGGCGCCUUUCGCGUUGGAAAAAGGAUUUCCAUUACAAAUCCACGCAGAUGUAAAAGAGAAUCGCCGCGUCAAAGAGAAUAGAAUUUCGUGUCGAUUUGCUCGCGUGUGACGCUGAAACACUUUAGAGAAAUAAUUCUAGCGCAAGAAGCAGAAAUCAAAGAGAACGGACGGAAUUUCGAGAUAGAGCCAGUAAGGAAUUGUCAGAUUCGGAAGAGAAGAUCCGCUAUUUUUUUCUUCGAAAGCGGAAGAGAAUUCGACGGCAAAAGUGAAAGGAGGUUUGUUUUCUAUUUUUAUACGGGUAAUUUCUCUCAUUAUAUAAUUCAUCUCCUCGAUACUUUCGCGCUGUCCUCCGGUCGCGAGAUAUCACCUUGCACACGCUUAAAGCCAUCGGACUAGCACCCUUAGCACAGACUUAGGCAUUAGACUUUCGAAUUGCAGUCUGCCAAGCGUUUUUCGCGGAAAUGGCGAGGAAAGAGGAGCUCAAAAAGCCUCCAAACCGGACGGCCUAAUCGCCUUCUCGAAACGGGGGUAAGAAAAUUACGAGGAUACUCGUUGCCUUAUUCCGUCCAACUUAUUUUUGUAAGGGAGUGAGAAAGGGUGAGGGAGAGUGAGAGAGAGAGAAAAAAAAUACGAAAGAAAGAGAGAGAGAAUGCGUUCUGCGUGUGCGUGCGUCCUUCGAAUGCCUCCUGUAACUUAUCGCUCCGAACGGUACGCUCGCACGCUACCGAUUUUAGCUUAAGCUUACGCUCAUACGUUACGUGAUAUCGAUCGUGAUUCACGGUCUCGAGAGCGAGGAUCGUCUCGGGCGUGCGCGACUUUUGCUCCCGAGUUUUGCGCCGGCGAUCGUUUGUCACUCAACGACACAACGAUCCCGAACGCGGAAUUUGCGUCUGGCAAAUUCCGGUCCGUCACUGUACCAUCUUAUCCAUGUUACUUUUACUAGAUAACAAAUUUUAUUACUGUUUUACCCGAUACACAUUAGUCUACCGCGCGUUAUCGCUGUUUUAUUUUAACAUUCUCAAUUUUUAUUUGCGCCGAUUGUGUUAUUUAAACGGGAGUAUAAUAAUAAAUUGUGUUAUUUAUUCUA